UGUGAGUGGGGAGCGGGAGGGGCGCGCGGGAAGCGCCGCCCGCCGCCGCGCGCGCUCCGAGCAGGCGCCCGCGCGAGUCUGCCGGCUCCGCCACCGCCGGCCCCGGGAGGCUGCGCGAGGAGGAGCAGGGGGAAGGACGGCGGGCAGGGACGGCCGCUGCCGCUCCGCGCUGCCCAUGCCAGCGGGAAUAUGCGGCGCCUCCUGGCCUUCUGCACGGGCUUGCUGGGCGCCGUCGUGGGGGCCAAUUUCCCCAACAACAUCCAGAUCGGGGGCCUCUUUCCCAGCCAGCAGUCCCAGGAACAUGCGGCCUUCAGGUUCGCGCUCUCGCAGCUCUCCGAGCCCCCCAAGCUGCUGCCCCAGAUCGACAUCGUGAACAUCAGCGACAGCUUCGAGAUGACCUACAGAUUCUGCUCGCAGUUCUCCAAGGGCGUGUACGCCAUCUUCGGCUUCUACGAGCGCAGGACGGUGAACAUGCUGACGUCCUUCUGUGGGGCGCUGCACGUGUGCUUCAUCACGCCCAGCUUCCCCGUGGACACGUCCAACCAGUUCGUGCUGCAGCUGCGCCCGGAGCUGCACGGGGCCCUCAUCAGCACCCUGGACCACUACAAGUGGCAGAAGUUCGUCUACAUCUACGACGCCGACCGAGGCCUCUCAGUCCUGCAGAAGGUCCUGGACACGGCUGCUGAGAAGAACUGGCAGGUGACGGCCGUGAACGUCCUGACGACCACGGAGGAGGGCUACCGGACGCUCUUCCAGGACCUGGAGAAGAAGAAGGAGCGGCUGGUGGUGGUGGACUGCGAGUCCGAGCGCCUCAGCGCCAUCCUGGGCCAGAUCGUGAAGAUGGAGAAGAAUGGCAUCGGCUACCACUACAUCCUCGCCAACCUGGGCUUCAUGGACAUGGACUUGAGCAGGUUCAAGGAGAGCGGGGCCAACGUGACGGGCUUCCAGCUGGUCAACUACACGGACACGGUGCCCGCCCGCAUCAUGCAGCAGUGGAAGAGCAGCGACGCCCGUGACCACACGCGUGUGGACUGGAAGAGGCCCAAGUACACGUCUGCGCUGACCUACGACGGGGUGAAGGUGAUGGCCGAGGCCUUCCAGAGCCUGCGCCGGCAGCGGAUAGACAUCUCCCGGAGGGGCAACGCGGGGGACUGCCUGGCCAACCCCGCCGUGCCCUGGGGCCAGGGCAUUGACAUCCAGAGGGCGCUGCAGCAGGUGCGGUUCGAGGGGCUGACGGGAAACGUGCAGUUCAACGAGAAGGGCCGGCGCACCAACUACACACUGCACGUCAUCGAGAUGCGGCACGAUGGCGUCCGGAAGAUCGGCUACUGGAACGAGGACGACAAGUUCGUCCCUGCAGCCACCGACGCCCAGGCUGGCGGGGACAACUCGAGCGUACAGAACAGGACGUACAUCGUGACCACCAUCCUAGAGGACCCGUAUGUCAUGCUCAAGAAGAACGCCAACCAGUUCGAGGGCAAUGACCGGUACGAGGGCUACUGCGUGGAGCUGGCGGCCGAGAUCGCCAAGCAUGUGGGCUACUCCUACCGGCUGGAGAUCGUCAGCGACGGCAAGUACGGCGCCCGAGACCCGGACACCAAGGCCUGGAACGGCAUGGUGGGCGAGCUGGUGUAUGGGCGGGCAGACGUGGCGGUGGCCCCGCUGACCAUCACGCUGGUGCGCGAGGAGGUGAUCGACUUCUCCAAGCCCUUCAUGAGCCUGGGCAUCUCCAUCAUGAUCAAGAAGCCGCAGAAGUCCAAGCCGGGCGUCUUCUCCUUCCUGGACCCGCUGGCCUACGAGAUCUGGAUGUGCAUCGUCUUCGCGUACAUCGGCGUGAGUGUGGUCCUCUUCCUGGUCAGCCGCUUCAGCCCCUACGAGUGGCACAACGAGGAGCUGGAGGAGGGCCGGGAGCCGGCGGCCGGCGACCAAUCCAACGAGUUCGGGAUCUUCAACAGCCUGUGGUUCUCGCUGGGCGCCUUCAUGCAGCAGGGCUGCGACAUCUCCCCCAGGUCCCUGUCCGGCCGCAUCGUGGGCGGCGUCUGGUGGUUCUUCACGCUCAUCAUCAUCAGCUCGUACACGGCCAACCUGGCGGCCUUCCUGACCGUGGAGCGGAUGGUGUCCCCCAUCGAGAGCGCCGAGGACCUGGCCAAGCAGACGGAGAUCGCCUACGGCACGCUGGAGGCCGGCUCCACCAAGGAGUUCUUCCGGAGGUCCAAGAUCGCCGUGUUCGAGAAGAUGUGGACGUACAUGAAGUCGGCCGAGCCGUCCGUGUUCGUGCGCACCACGGAGGAGGGCAUGAUCCGGGUGCGCAAGUCCAAGGGCAAGUACGCGUACCUGCUGGAGUCCACCAUGAACGAGUACAUCGAGCAGCGCCGGCCCUGCGACACCAUGAAGGUGGGCGGCAACCUGGACUCCAAGGGCUACGGCAUCGCCACGCCCAAGGGCUCGGCCCUCAGAGGCCCCGUAAACCUAGCGGUUUUGAAACUGAGUGAGCAAGGCGUCUUAGACAAGCUGAAAAGCAAAUGGUGGUACGAUAAAGGGGAGUGUGGAAGCAAGGACUCCGGAAGUAAGGACAAGACGAGCGCCCUGAGCCUCAGCAACGUGGCCGGCGUCUUCUACAUCCUCAUCGGCGGCCUGGGCCUGGCCAUGCUGGUCGCCCUGGUGGAGUUCUGCUACAAGUCCCGCAGCGAGUCCAAGCGCAUGAAGGGUUUCUGCUUGAUCCCGCAGCAGCCCCUCAGCGAAGCCAUACGGACGUCCACGCUCCCGCGGAACAGCGGCUCGGGGGCCGGCGGCGGCAGCGGCGAGAACGGGCGUGUGGGCAGCCACGACUUCCCCAAGUCCGUGCCCUGCAUGAGCCACACCUCAGGGAUGCCCUUGGGCGCCACGGGGCUGUAGCCGAGCCCCACACCCGCCAGUGCCAAACAGCGACCACCCACGAGGGAGCCGCCCGCGACCUGCGGGGCCCGCGCGGGGCGGGCAGCGCCGACCCCCAGCCUGGCCGCGCGUCUCUCCCCUCCGCGCCCGGCCCCGCCCCUCCGCGCCCCGCCCACCCUCCCGGCCCUCCAGGCCCUGGGGGACCCGCACGCCCCCGCAAGGGUCUGGCCAGCGGCUCUCGCCCGGGCCGGGGUUUUGUGUCCAUGGGGAGGGGUCAUGGGAGCGAGGGGCCACAGCCCAUCACAGGCACGGCCGGGGCCCACCCCUGGCCCCAGGCCCCCAGAGGGCUGCAGUGACCAAGGGCAGGGAGCCCGCCUCCCCCGCAGCCACGCCCCUCGUGCUGGGCCCUGCUUUCACUGAGAACGGCCUCCAGCCUGACCCGCGGUGGCCCGCAGCAGUGGACGCACGCAGAGGGGCCGCCUGCCGGCCUUAGCGCUGGAUGUGGCCACCACCCAUCACGCCCUCCCCCCAUCCUCCUCCGGCCCUGCUCUCCUCCCCCUCCCUCCCCUUCCUCCCCACCUCUCUCCCCCUCCCCCACCUCGCCUCCCCUGGGCCUUAGCUGAGAACCAUCCCCCUCACCCGUCCCAGGCCAGAGCCCAGACCCUCACAGCGGGCCGGGCAGGGACCCCAGGCGGCCUGUGGGGCCACCGUCCCCCCUGCCCGCCCAGCCCUCCCCAGCGGCCAGGGCUGCCCGCCCCCCGCAACCCACCCUCCCGGCUGCCAGCCACGCGGCCCGGCCAGACGCCCAGCCUGGGGAGGGUCUGGCACACGCGAACGAGCUGACUUGUAUUAUGUAUUUUUACUACACUUUUCUUAAAUGCUGAGCGGGGCGACGGCCACUCGCUCCCGGUACCCGAGUCUUUUCUCUGGCCCCUCACUUGGUCCGACUCUCGGCUCAUGUGUGAAAGCAGUUUGCUUGAUCAAACACUAAAUAUAUUUUCGGUUCCCGUUCCUCUUUCAGAUAGCCAGCUGUUUAUUUUUUUUUCCUUUUGGUAUUUGCAUAAAACAAAAAUGUCACCGAGAAUUAAAUCACUGUGGGUCCAUA